UUGUUGGCGCAAUCGCGGACUACCGGCAGCUGGCAGCCGUUGGCGAAGCGGCGUACGACGACCAAAAAACAAUAUCGAAUCAAAACUUUUCGCAUAUAAAAAUGUGCAACGGCGUCGAAAGUUUUUCAUUAGUGCAAAAAAAGUUUCUCGUGUCAGCCAAACCGGUUUGUUGUAAAAAACGCUUUGUAAAGUGGAAAGGCGGAAAGCGAGCUGAGCGGCGGUUGAAUUUUUGCGAAAUACAAAUUUUCCCGUUUUUUCUUCUCAUUUCGUUUGUGCAAAAGUCAUAAAAUAAAUUCGUGUGUUUUUCGGUUUUUGUUUUUGUACAUACAACUUGUUGAGGAUGUAUCAAUUUGGUGCGCAUGAAAAACAUGCAACAACAAUAACAAUAAGCAGCGGCAAAGGAAUGUCAUUAAGUGGACUCACUUGGUCGGUGUUUUUGGUGGUGUUUGUGGUGUUGGUGUUGCCACCUGCUGCGGUGACAUUGACACCAACGGCACCCAGUCGUAGUUUCAUGGAAGCCUGUCAAGUAAAACACAACGUCACCUUGGAGGAACUAGAUGAAUUCCCUACCGAUCCAAAUCCGGAUGAAAUCGAUAUGAAAUUCAAAUGUUAUGCUGAUUGUCUGCUCAACGGCAUGGGUUUCAUGGACAAAAAUGGCAAGCUGGAUGCCGAGGCAAUGCAUGAAUGGGGCAUACUGGAUGAUGAGAGCUACGAUAAUAUGCUCGAGUGUAAGGCAGCCAAUGAUUUGGAGGAUGAUCCGUGUGAAUAUAGUUUCGGCAUGAUGUUGUGUGCGCGUAUGCUGAGCUCUGAAGAAGAAGAAUCCAGUGGUGAAUUAGAUGUGGAGGGGGAUGAGAAAUGAGCGGUGCAUUAAUUGUAGGAUCUUUGAGUAAUAUGACUCAAAUGCAAAAGUGUUUGUUUAGAAGAUAACCACAAAAAUUGUAAAUUUCGUAGUUUCUAUUGUGUUUCUUUUUUCUAUCUUCGUGUUUGAUUUUUGUUUCUGCUUAAAAUAAAUUUAUAAAGCUUUGGACACUACAAUAA